AUGCCUGAAUGUGUACCAGUGGACCUCAUUUUUGUGAUGGACGAUUCUGGAAGUGUAGUUAAAAGCAACUUUCAGACUAUGCUGUCUUUUGCAAGUGACCUGUUGAACGCUUUUACAAUUGGUGUCGCUGAUACUCAAGUGGGACUGAUCGUUUUUAGCACCAAUGUUCGACGGAUUUUCAAUUUUAACGCCUAUUCGUCAAGGUCAGCAAUUCAGAAUGCCAUAAGAUCAACUUCUUACACAGGCAAAGGAACGAAUACUGCAGCUGCUUUACUUGAAGCUCGACAAAUGUUUACCUCAAAUUAUGCAAAACGCAGCAGUGCUCUUAGUUUGGCAAUAGUUCUGACAGAUGGGAGAUCAAACGAUCAAUCAGCCACUCUGUUGCGUGCCCAAGAGUUGAUAAACACAGGUGCCAUGAUAUUCUGUAUAGGAAUAGGAACCAAUUUAGAUGAAAGUGAAUUGCGUGCAAUUGCAAGUAAUCCGGAUAGCAAGUUUUUAAUUAAUGCAAAUGAUUUUACGACACUACACUCCAAAAUAACACAACUGACAAAUAGCCUUUGCAUAGACAACGUUGUUCCGGAUUUUAUGACAUGCGACAUGGAGAUCCAGGAUAGAAAUGGUGAACGAAGUCCCCACUCAGUCCCAUCAAAUCAACCAACUUCCUGCAGUUAUCAAACGGACUUUUACGGAAAAUAUCAAGUCGACAGUGUGUCAACUUCUAUAACUGUCGAAGCAGAAUAUACCGGAAGUACACCAGCUGCGGUGGAUGAUUUCCACUAUGGAAUAACUGAACUAUCAAUUGAAAGAGUUGAAAGAAGUAUUGGAGGAUAUGAUACACGUCUUGGAAUCGAACAAAUUAACAUUAACAAUCCACCUCAGAGAUUAGUAUCCUCAGACAAAACCAUACAAAACAGUGGGAACCUUAUCAACGGUGAAAGAUUUUGUUUGAUAUAUACGGCUAAAGCAGGAGGCUAUGUGACCUUUGGAGGAAAGACAUACACUUACAGCGAUACGGUCGCCACAAAAACAAGAUGCUAUUUUUAUGAUUCAGACCCACCACAACACUGCAAAAUACUAGGAACAUGCACUGAAAGUCCUGUUAUAGUAUCUUCGCCGUUAACGAAAUCCCCUGUGGUGACUAUCAGUUUUCAGGGAUGGCAAGAUGUAUCACCAGCUGCGUCAUCUAUUUUUGCCUCUGGAAUACAACAUUAUGAGCUCUAUGUUCGUGAAAUGGUCAAUGGUGUGCCAGGGAAGCUGACAAUGGACACAACACCCCAAACAGGAACACUCCAAUGUAAAACUUGUUCUAGUUUCACAGUUUCUUUGCCCACAGGAAACCAGCCAAUGCUUUACGCCUUUGUAUUAGAGGCAGUUGACGUCGCACUAAAUGUUCGUCAAGCAAGAUCAUUCAUUCUGUAUGAUAAUGUCUCGACCAUCGUUACACAUUCACUGCAUUCUUUGGUUGUAACAUCAGCUUCUAUGGCUACAAACAGAAAAUGGCAAACAAACCAGGGAAAUGUGUGUUACAGUUGGCAAAAUCUCUUUUACAAUGACAAAUUUGUGCAUUACAAUCCACUCCUACCGGUAGAGCCAGAACCACACGGACUUAUUCCGUCAUCCUAUGACAUAUUUCCGGGACAAUUUUCUCAAAGUGGAACAAAAAACAUACAUGGAAUUGUGAAGUUCACAUAUUCAGUUUCAAAAGAAAAGAAGAACAUAUUCCUUAAUGAGACAAUCAAAGACGUUACAAAUGAAACAAUUUGUUUAUCUGUUCCAGACAUGAAGGACGGGGAAAUUAUAUCGUUUUCUAUUACAGCAAUCGACAUCUCCUUGAAUAAGUUAACAGACUCCACUUACCAUUACAUAGAUUCAACCCCACCAAUUAUAGAAGAUACAUGGUUAAUUAAAAAUGGUAGAUCUCAACUAUUCGUUCACAACUCGAAAGAUCUAUCCAAAAUGACGAUGGAAUUUGAGUCAUUUGAUUUACAUAGUGGCUUAUUCAAGAUAGAGUGGGUUUUUGGAACACUUGAUGACCGUCAAAUUCUUGGACAAGGUGCUAUUGGUAUAAGGAAAUUGAACGCUUCGGUUUGUUCCUUAGAGUCAAAAUGUUAUUGUCCCAUGAAAGGUGACUGUGAGCAUUACAAUUUUUCCAUAAGUCUCAAUUCUCUCAUUGCAAACAAUACUCACAUUGGAAACCAUCACAGAGAAUACUAUUUUGAAAUUGAAGCAACUAACAAUGCUUUGCUCCAUAAAAUCAACAAACUGGAAAUCUUUGUUGAUAAUUCUCCCCCUGAAGAAGGGAAGGUUUUUGAUGGUCCACCAGAUGGCAAAGAAUUAGACUACACAGAUUCAGAAGAGAUUUGGUUUUGGUGGCAAGGCUUCAAUGACCAUGAAAGCGGAAUUAUGUUUUAUCGCGUAGAAAUAUCAAAUACUUGUCUGACUCAGCAAAAUCAAUCCCAUAUAAAUUACCCAAGCAAAGUUUUCACAUUUGACAUAGAAGAAUCAAAAAUCAAACUAAAUGUGAAUGAAACUGGGUCCUAUAUUGCGACAGUAACAGCCUUCAAUUACGCGUAUGAAGCAUCGAUUCCAGUGUGUUCUGAUGGAAUACUCUACGAUACUACACCACCAGUGAUAUCCACAGUGAAGGUACAUAACAUGAAAAUGGCACCAGCCAUUGGAUGCCUAAAUGGAGAAACGUGGUUCAUCACUGAAUCGGUCGAAAAAUACAGGCUAGAGCCAUCCAGUGAAUGCUUUACUUUGUGUAGCAAUAAAUCAGAUCAUGACAUGCUAAAAUUUAUCCCCGAGUCAGCAUAUAGCACAGAGAAUUGGAGUUGUUCUGAUGUUAAAGACUUUGAUAAAACUGUAUUUUAUUUGCCAAAUUCGAAAAUUUAUGUUAAUUGGACUGCCUUUGAUAAUGAGAGUGAUAUUAUGGAUGUAUUUAUGGGUUUCGGAUCCAGUCUUUCUUCUCGCGUAUCUCCUGAUAUUAUGGAUUUUACCUUAACUCCACACCAACAAUAUGUCCAUAUAUAUCAUUCCGGACUCUCUUCCAGUUCUUUAUUCUACCUGUUUGUAAAGGUAGUCAAUAAAGCAGGGAAAGACUCCAUUGUAUCUAUUGGUCCUAACAUCAUAGACGAAACAGCCCCAGUAUGUGUAAAGAAACCUAACAUUACCAUCAAAAAUAUCACUGUUGUUGUGUCAUGGACAUCGGACACGUUCCAAGACACAGAACAAGAAGAAGAAAUCGGUACUAUUCAUUUUAGAUUGCGUAAGUACACUUACUUCUUUAAUUAA